GGUGGGGGUGAGCUGCUUGUCCCCAUGACUGCAUUUUAUUGUUGAGUGUAGCAGGGAAGCAGCUAACUGAAAACUUCUGUAAUGCAUUCAGAUUACUGGAAUUUCUAUAUAGAAGCCACAGUGUAGGUAGAGCUACCGACAAUCGAAUCAAAGGACAACCGGCCCGGUUCGUUCAUAUUGUAGCGCCGAUUCCUUCUGCUACCACCAUGGAUGAUUUAGAUGCAUUGCUGGCGGACUUGGAGUCGACGACCUCCCACAUCUCCAAGCGGCCAGUGUUUCUGCCGGACGAGACACCCUACUCUUUCCCUACGGGAGGACAGGCCCCUCCCCCUGUACCACCACCUCCCUCUGCUGAGGCCCUGAAUGGAACCUUGCUUGAACCCCUAGAUUCAACCCCCUUGUCCACACAGUCCUACAGCCCUGCACAGGAAAGCUUGUGGUCCAGGGAUAGCAGUAGCCCCCCCUUACCCCAAAGCGAAGAGGACCACGUCUACAGCUUCCCCAACAAGCAGAAGAGUACGGAGGCUGCCAUGAGCUCCUCCCUGGGCUGCAACCUGUCGGAGCUGGACCGGCUGCUUCUGGAGCUCAACGCUGUACAGCACAACACACCCUCCUUCCCCACUGAGGAAGAGUCAGCUCCGCCCCUGCCUUCCAGCAGCACCACCCAUUAUGUGCAAGCGAACGGGGUUUCUGGGGCAGGCAAGUUGCCUCGCCCCACCAUGGAGAAGCCAAAACGCAGCGUGGCCACCAGGCCACCAGUCAUCGAAGAUGUGCGCCUCAGCGCCAAGAGCCUCCUUGACAAGCAAGAAAGUUCUGUUCCCUCUCCCAUCCCCACCCCAUUGGUGGUAGAGAAGUUGGGGGAGGAGGAGACUCCCUCCCAGCUGCAGGCCAGAAUCUCAGCCUCCUCCGCCACGCGGGAGCUUGACGAGCUCAUGGCCUCGCUGUCCGACUUCAAAGUCCAGAGCAACAUCCUGGCCCAGGGGAAGAGCUCACCCACUGCUCCCCCCAAACAGUCUAACAAGCUGGACAACAUGCUGGGCAGCCUCCAAUCAGACCUCCAUAAACUGGGUGUCCAGACUGUGGCCAAGGGAGUGUGUGGGGCCUGCAACAAGCCCAUUGUUGGACAGGUGGUGACUGCCAUGGGGCGCACAUGGCACCCAGAGCACUUUGUGUGUACCCACUGUCAGGAGGAGAUCGGCUCCAGGAACUUCUUUGAGCGGGACGGAGCACCUUACUGUGAGAAGGACUACCACAACCUGUUCUCCCCACGCUGCCACUACUGUAACGGACCUAUCCUGGACAAAGUGGUGACGGCACUGGACAGGAACUGGCAUCCGGAACACUUCUUCUGUGCUCAGUGUGGUGCUUUCUUUGGCCCAGAGGGCUUCCAUGAGAAGGAUGGGAAGGCAUAUUGUCGGAAGGACUACUUUGACAUGUUUGCGCCCAAGUGUGGAGGCUGUACCCGCGCCAUCCUGGAGAACUACAUAUCAGCCCUCAACUCCCUCUGGCACCCCGAGUGUUUUGUCUGCAGGGAGUGCUUCACCCCCUUUGUAAAUGGGAGCUUCUUUGAGCACGAGGGCCAGCCCUACUGCGAGGGCCACUACCAUGAGCACCGCGGGUCCCUCUGCUCGGGCUGCCAAAAGCCCAUCACAGGCCGCUGCAUCACAGCAAUGGCCAAGAAGUUCCACCCUGAGCACUUUGUCUGUGCCUUCUGCCUCAAGCAGCUCAACAAGGGCACCUUCAAAGAGCAGAAUGACAAGCCCUACUGCCAGGGCUGCUUCAUCAAGCUCUUCAGCUAGGAAGCUAGCCUCCCCCAGCCUGUUUGUGUGUGUGUGUGUGUGUGUGUGUGUGUGUGUGUGUGUGUGUGUGUGUGUGUGUGUACGCGCUUGUGUGUGUGUGCAGCUGUGUGCGCGUUCUGUGUUCCAAAUCUCUGCUGUUCUGCCCUAAGUGUGCACUUGCUCACUUCCCUUCAUGAAUUUAAAGGGAAAUGACAGGUGUGAGAAAUAUGGUGGAAACUCCAGCCCAGUCCUAUACCAAUCCAAUGCUUUUUAAAUGUGUGGGAAGGAGUGCGCAGGUGCACGCUCCAGAGAAAAAGAAGAGAAUCGGGCCACCGUGUGAGUGUUUUUCAAAAGGUGUAGACUGGGAUUAGAAGGCUGUCAGUGGCUAUGAGGAAGCAGAGUUGUUCCUUACCGUGCAUGUAGCUGAGAUGAGCCUGACCAUUAAACACCACAGCUCUCUCUACAGGUGCCUAUUUGGAGGAGUUGGAGUGAUCAUUCCAAAAUAUAUUUUUGUAGUUGCAAAACACUGUCUGUGCAAUUGCAAAUACAUGCCUAUAAACUGUCUCUUGAUCUAAAACACACACAAGACAGAUUUUUAACUCGAGAAGAGGAAAAGCUUUCUGGUCUCCCUCCUUCCUUUCUCUUCACUGCUCUAAGACCAGUUUAAACACUUGGUGCUCAUUCUCAACUCAAUCACAGAUCCCUCUCUGCAACCCUCAUGGGGACAUUUUACAGCCUGGUAUGGCCAAGAUAUCAGUGUCCUAUUUUUGUACACUUUUCCUAUGGAAACUUUCAUAUACUUACGAGGAAUGCUCAGCAACAGAUUACAUUUUUUGUUUACCUGAAGUGUGUUUGUACAAAAUAAGAAGCAUUGUUUUAAGAGGCGCACCCACACUCAAGACUACUGCUGUUUUUGUGCUAUGGACUCUCACUUUCUAAUUUCAGUACUUCAGUCUUUGCUUCACUGAUUCUCAUAUCAAUUCUCAUUCAUGUGAAUCUGAUUUCAAAAGGACGUACAUUUAAAUAUUGUCUUACCCUUUAGGUGGACAGAGGGUGGGGGUUUGGGUCAUUUUGGGUACCGCACCUCUUUUUAUUUUGGAGGAACUAUGCUCAUCCCUCACAUUCCAUCCUCUUAGCUUGGCAACCAAACUGAGCACAGAGUGUUCUUCAGUCUGGGGUAACCAGGCUAGAUUUUCUUUCUAUGAGGAAAAUACUGGAGCAUGUUAAUUUGAAACAGAACAUGUUUAAUUGUGUGCAUUUUACCUUUUUUUAUUUGCUACUGUAUUCGUCCACACAUUUAGCCAAGUUUUAAAAUUAAUUCAUUCCGAGUGAAUGGGGAGUACAUUUCUUGGUGCAAUGUUUUGCUGUAAAUUUAGCUACUGACAAUGUGUGUUUUCCCUCCGUUACUUAAAGACAAAGUAAUACAGAUAGGCUUGGUCCUUUUAAUGUAUUUGCUGCCAAUUGCUAAUACAAUCACAACAUUUUAGCAAAAUUUGGUUUAGUGACAUGGUGUAGUGUUGUCACUCAUUAGCUCACACUGAUAUGCAAAGAGCCAGGUGUGUGUGUGUGUGUGUGUGUGUGUGUGUGUGUGUGUGUGUGUGUGUGUGUGUGUGUGUGUGUAGUUGAAGUUUACAUACAUGAGUCCUGACAUUUAAUCCAACUAAAUAUUCCUUGUUUUAGGUCAAUUAGGAUCACCACUUUAUUUUAAGAAUGAAUUAUCAGAAUAAUAUGAGAGAGAAUUAUUUUUCAGCUUUUAUUUCUUUCAUCACAUUCUCAGAAAUUGCUCCCAAGGAUGAACCAGACUUGUCGACAUCUACAACAAACAAAAAAAUCUGAGGUCUUGGCUGAUAUCUUUUGAUUUGUGCAUGAUGUCAAGCAAAGAGGCACUGAGUUUGAAGGUAGGCCUUCAAUUAGCCUAUCAGAAGCUUUUGAAGCCAUGAUAUACAUUUCUGGAAUUUUCCAAGCUGUUUAAAGGCACAGUCAACUCGGUGUAUGUAAACUUCUGACCCACUGGAAUUGUGAUACAUUGAAUUUUAAGUGAAAUUAUCUGUUGUUGGAAAACAGUUGUUGGAAAAAUGACUUGCCAUGCACAAAGUAGAUGUCCUAACCGACUUGCCAAAACUAUAGUUAACAAGAUAUUUGUGGAGAGGUUGAAAAAUGAUUUUUAAUGACUCCAACCUAAGUGGAUGUAAACUUCCGACUUCAACUGUAUAUACAUACACACACACUCAGUUGGGUUUCAGGCAACAGGGCAAUUUCUUAUGGACUGGAGAGGCAUGCCAUCCACAAAACCUUUUGCGAACAACCCUGGGUUCCUGUGAUGUCCUCAGUCACAUGGUAGUCUGGACACGCAUUAAUCUGGAGACAGUACCUGGUCUGAUUACCAAAUGGCACCCUAUUCCCUAUAGUGUACUGCUUUUCAAAAGAAGUGCACUAUAUAGGUAUUAAGGUACCAUUUGGGGCGCGGGCCUAUCAGGAUUGGGUAGUAACUGGUUACAUGUAAUCUGAUUACAGCAAAAUUUACCAGCAAAACUAUUGUAAUCAGAUAACAGAUAAUUUUGAAAAACUAGAUUACUUCUUGCUUUACUUUCAAUUCAGAAAGGAUAUUUGCAGGGAAAAAAUACCUUAUGACAUCUUGUUUUCUUGAUGACAUUCAAUUCAGCAUUGAAAAAAGACAUUUAAGCUAGUUUCACCUGAGUGAGUCUGAGACCACUAUGAUGACGCACCAGAUUCAUUUGAUUGAUCUUUUUUUCUCUUAUUCUAAUGCCUCUUAAAGGUCCAGUGCAGUCAAUUGUGAUUUUCUUUUUUUAAUAUAUAUUUUUCCACCCUGAGGUUGGAAUAAAACUGAUGUCUUUUUAGGGUAAGAGCUGUUUGAAAAAACAGAUGGUAAAUGAGUUAAUAGACCAAUAAGAGUUCCAAACAUCACUUUCCCCUCCCAAACAGUCCUUCCAAAAUUCUUGCUUGACAAAUUGCUCUUUGCUAAGAAGAAAUGUUGGUUUAUUUUUGACCAUUUAAUUGAAAACAGCUGCGUUGGACAUUUAAGGGGAAAGUAAUUCUAAUCAGAUUACGUUACGGAGUUUGGGUAAUCCAAAAUGUACAUUACUGAUUUGAAUUUUGGACAGGUAACUUAAGAAUCUUAAUGGAUUACAUUUAAAAAGUAACCUACCCAACCAGGCAAUAAUGGCACCUAGAUCUCUUUGUAACCUGAUCUCAAAUAACUGCAAUGGGGCAGGUUUGAGCGCUUGUUUUUGUUGGUAAUUGAUAUACUGAUUUGUUUUCAAGUGACCUAGUAGUGUUUCAUAUUUGCGUCAUUGAAGAAGAGAUUUUAUCUUUACACACGUUGCUUAUAUUUGUAUGCUAAAUCAUUUUUAAGGGUAUAUACACAUACAUUUUAUUUUAAUUUCUGAACCAUUUGAAAGAAUGAAGAUAUUUGUGCUAAUGCCACAUUUUUUUAAUGCAAUUUCUUUAACACUGAGUUACAGUGAGCUCAAAGCAUUGGGACAGUGACACAUUUGUUGUUUUAGCUCUGUAUUUCAGCUCUUUGCUACAAUGACUGAGGUUAAAGUGCAGACUGCCAGCUUUAAUUUGAGAGCAUUUUCAUCCAUAUCGGGUGAACCAUUUAGAAAUUACACUACUUUCUGUUCAUAGAGGACCGAAAGUAUUGGAACAAAUUGACUUGUGUAUUAAAGAUGUCAAGUUUUAUAUUUGGUCCCAUUCUCCUAGCACGCAAUAAUAUGUAUGUCAUGUGAGUCACUUUAAUUGUAAAUAAGAAUAGAAUGUUUCUAAACACUUCUACAUAAGUUUUUCCCAAUUGCUAAAACAAAAAUUUUGCAAACUAGGCUGGUUUUAUCAAAAUACUUAACACAAUUCACGCAACCAAAAUCAAACACACUUCGUUCAUAUUACCAGAUUUUUGCCUAACCAACUACACACUCUUGGGCAUAAUGAAAAGCACUCAUCUUUAGUUUGCUUUGCCAUAAUACUAUAAUAGUUCAAAUUGUAGAAAAUUCUUCAGAUACACACACAUGCUGUUGAAACAUUUUAUUUUUUACCAAACAAGUCAGUGCACAGCAGAUAUAUUUACUUUGGACUGAACAUAAACAGGCUCACAAAAAAAAGUCAACUGAAAAAGGAAAUUGCAAAAAUAAUAUAUAGAAAAAAAGAGGCAUGAAAAAUAAUUAGGCAGCAUCUUGCCGCACAGCUGGGUCUGGCCACAACGCCUCAUCCACAUCACAGGCAAUAUCCUCCCUUGCCAGACAUCGAGGGAAGAAGCGCCUUGAGUGCCUUAUCCAUCCCUGAAUCGCACCCACAUCAAUCUCAUCACAUGCCUCUUCCAUAGCCUGCACAGUCCUUUAGAAAAACAAAACAAAAAUAUAGGGCUUGGACAAUGCAGCAUAAAGAUAUUUCCCCCACAGUAGAGUAAGUUCUACAACACAUUUGUGCAGUUAGUGUAUGACAUCAGCCAUUCAUGAAGUAAACAGGUGCACUCUCUGUCCAGCCUCUCGCAUUGGCAACCCAUGGUUGAUGACAUGAUCAACUAAGGUUGCUCUGAUUUCAUUUGAAAGUUGUCUUUGGCCAUGAACUCCUCUACCCCUACCUCUCAUUAUCACCCUCCCUCUCAUUCUCACCCUCCCUCUCUCAUCCCCCCUGUGCAGUGCAGAUAACCGUGUGCAGUGCAUUUAAAACGUGCCAUUUUGAAUUGCAAAAUGUCUGUAAAGCAGAAAAUGUGUUUAGACUUUUGAAGACUUGAGAAGAGGUUUUGCUCUGUGUCAGUUUAAAUAUUUCUGCUGUGCAUGUCAUUUUAGUGUGUUAGCAAUUGGAAAAAAAACUCAUGUGGAUGCUACCAUGAUUAUGGAUAAUCCUGAAUGAAUUGUGAAUAAUGAGUGAGGAAGUUAGAGGCAUGAAUAUCAUAACCCCCCAAAAAUUCUGACCUCCCCUGUUAUUGUAAUGUUGUAUGUCUAACUUUCUCACUCAUCAUUUGCGAUUCAUUCAGGAUGACAUGUAAUCAUGGUAGCAUCCACAUGAAUGUAGAAGUGUUUAGAAACAUUCUAUUCUUAUUUACAAUAAAAGUGACUCUAAAAUGACACUACAUUUUGUGCCCAAAAGAAAUGUAUGUUAAAUAAUCUGAAACACAACCAAAAGAAUCAGCAAAUGCAUCCAACAAAGUUGUAGUCACACAUGCUUGAUAUAAUCAUUGGAUGCUAGGAAACCCUACAAUUAAAGCUGACAGUCUGCACUUUAGCCUCUGUCAUUGUAUCAAUUCAAAUUUAAAGAGAUGGAGUACAGAGCCAAAACAACAACAACAAUGUGUCACUGUCCCAAUACUUUUGGGGCUCACUGUAUAUGGUGGACUUCCAAGUCCUUGCUGCGAUCGGAUUGGUGAAGCAGUUAUGAUGGAGCAGAACAACAAUUGCUGCAUCAGCCAGUGUCCUGGAUUGCACCUCAAACAAUUAGUGGCUUCCUCUUAUCUCAUUUCCUCCAUAUGCACUGAUGUGAAAGUACUGGACAGGUGAAAACAAACACCUGGAAUACAACCUUAAUAUUGUUGUCACUCAGCCAAUAGCUUACAAUGAAGUGUAAAUGAAGAAGAGACAAAUAGGGAAGCCAUUUUAGACUUCAGAUGCACCUCUGGGUUUUGGGGGGUCAGCAAAAGAGGGGCAAACAAUGAGGGUUGUCUCACAGCACAGUAUAGUCUGUAGUUGCUGUAAAAUUACUACAUGUUGCUAUUGGGUGACGCUUUGGGUCUGCCCUCCUCAGGCUGGGAUGCAAUUUCUGAUGUGUUUGGAAAGGUUUGGUUUCUUAAACCCUCUGAAGACGUGGGGUUUUUAAGCACUUUUUAAGUCUUGCUGUGCCAUUAUUAUCCUUGAGUAUCUCGUAGUGCAACUGGGUUGACAUGAACAUGAUGUAUCCACAUUUCACGUAACCUGGUUAUUGAGGAAAUGCUGCUAAUGUAAUAUUCUAAAUGUUGAAAUGUAUAGACUGAGGUGUAACAGAAGUAGGGUCAAUAGUACUUUGUUUUGACUCUACUUUAAGUCAGGCUCUCUUUCUAUGACAGUAAAUCCUAAAUUGUUCAGUGAAUGAUCAAGUUAGUGUGCAAAAUAAUGUAUCAAGCUCUGUGAAAUAUUACUCUGUUAGCCUUUUAUAGCCGUGCUUUGGAGACACAGACAAUGAUAACCGGUGUAAGUGCUGCCAGAGUGCCUGAAUCCAGUCUUGGACAGUUACACUUCAACAUUGAACGAGUUCCUCAAAUUAUUGGAAAGAGUAGAUUUCUUGAGAGUAGCUAUGGCCUCAGGUUUAGGCUCCAGCCCAAAUGUUGGAAUGGAACUGGGCCCCUUUAAAAAGAGGCUUGAAUGCAUGUUUGCUUUGAUGUAUCUCUAGGCCCUUCAAAGUACUGUUUUCACCCUGUGUAAGUUAUCAGGGAUUGUAAUUGUUUUCUUUUAUCUACAUUUAUUCAUGCUUUUUGCCUACAUUUAUUUGCUUAAGUUCUCUGCUCUCUGAAGUCUCGGAAAUUCCAGACCUAUGUGGGGGGCAACCUGUCUGAUUGGGGAGUCUACUCUCUGCCUUUUAUUGGAAAGUCAGCCUUUUUACUUUAAUCAUUUGAUCCCCUUAGUUCCCUUCAGAUAAAUUAUCCCCCCACCCAUACUGUAUGUAAUUUUUUUUUUUACAUUCCCUCUCACCUGUUUUAUUUCCCCAUGUACCGUCGUCGUGUUUUCUGGGAUGGCUAUAUGGUACCUGAUUGCUGAUACAUUUUAAUUAAAUGUGAUGGAUGCCAAUAAAUACAUUUUAUUUCA